AUGGCGGCGCCCGUCCUGCCUCUCCAGCAGGUCAAGCUUGCCUCGUUACCCUCGACGCAGUUAACACCCGAGCAACAAUACUGGAGGACCUUUAAGAACCCGCUCUUGAUCCCAUCACCGGCCAAUGGACCGGUCAAUCUCGUCACUCAGCCCUCCGUCCCCUCCUCUGCUGCCGCAUUCCCUUCUCUUACACAACCGCCCGAUGUCUUCACCGUGACAACAGGCGCACGAGUCCAGAUCUAUUCUAUUCGCACGCGGAAACUUUUGCGAACGAUCACACGAUUUGACGAUACCGUGCGCGGUACUGACGUCCGUCCAGACGGCCGUGUUUUGGUGACUGGUGAUGACACCGGUUCCGUGCAAGUUUUCGAUGUCAAGUCACGCGCCAUUCUCAAGACAUGGAAGGAUCACAAGCAGCCCGUGUGGGUGACCAAAUUCUCGCCCAGCGAUCCUACAUCGGUUCUCACAGCAAGUGAUGACCGUACAGUGCGGUUGUGGGACUUGCCAUCGCAAACCAGUUCGCGCACUUUUGUCGGUCACACCGAUUAUGUGCGCAGCGGUGCAUUCAUGCCUGGCUCGAUGGCUUCAUCUGGUCUUGUUGUUUCGGGUUCUUAUGAUCGUACUGUUCGCUUAUGGGAUCCCCGAGUCGGCAACCGUGCCGCAAUGACCUUCAAGAUGGGUGCGCCGAUCGAGACUGUUCUACCCAUGCCUGCAGGAACUACUCUUUUGGCCGCAGCCGACAACAAAAUUGCAGUUCUCGAUAUUGUGGCUGGUAAGCCUUUGCAUAUGAUUCAGAGCCACCAAAAGACUGUCACUUCGCUUGCGCUGGCCUCUAAUGGCGAGCGAUUGCUCAGUGGUGCGCUGGAUGGACACAUGAAGGUCUUCGAGACUACAGGAUGGAACCCUGUAUCUGGCUCUAAAUACCCGUCCCCUAUCCUCUCCCUGCAGGUAAUUACUUCCGGAAGCGGAUACGAGGACAAGCAUAUUGCUGUUGGUAUGCAGUCAGGACUUUUGUCUAUCAAGACCCGUUUGUCUGGCCAACAAAAGAUGAAGGAGCGGGAACGCCGAAAGGAAAUGACAGCCCUGUUGGAGGGUAAAUUGGAAGAGCACGACAAGGAAGUUGCUAAGAAGAAGAAGACCCGUGGGUCUGGAUGGGAGAAGCGUCUUCGUGGACGUGAUUUCAUCGGAGAAGGUGCGGAGAUUGUCAUUGAGGGCCAGGACCGCAAAAAGCGGAAGAGAGAACAACCUUGGGAGAACGAUCUCCGCAAGGCACGCUACUCCGUCGCAUUGGACCAGGUCCUCUCUUCUGGUGACAAGACCUCUCAACUCACAUUGCUCACGGCCUUGCGCCACCGCUCCGCGCUCCGCGCCUCUCUCAAGGAUCGCGACGAGGCCACCCUCCAGCCUGUUCUGCAGUGGGUUCAGAAGAAUAUCCGUGAACCCCGCCUGGUUGACCUCAGCGUCGAGGUUGCCAUGAAUGUCCUCGAUAUCUACUCUGGAAACCUAGGCCAAUCCGCACAGGUCGACAAGAUGGUGGAGCGCCUGCACCGCCGGGUGCGCGAGGAGGUGGACAUGGCCCAACAAGCAUGGCAGACGAAGGGAAUGCUUGAUAUGUUGAAGGCAACCUGA